UUUUAAUAAGCUUUGCGUCGGGUGGAGUCUAGUAUAUAAGGGACCCUCAAAUCUAUGGUCAGCUAUCAGUUACUUGUUAGCUACAAUUUGAAGUGGUUGUUUCCAUUACUUUCAAUCAGUCACCAAAUAAAUCAUAAACAUUUUCAAAAUGUUCUCCAAAGCCUUUGUAUGCCUCGUUGUAUUGGGAGUUGCAACUGCAUCCUAUAUCCCAGUGGCCCAUUACGAUGAACAUCACGACGAAUACUCCCACCCACACUACUCAUACAACUAUGGUGUUCAUGAUGGACAUACCGGAGAUGUCAAAUCCCAACACGAAAGCCGAGAUGGAGAUGUUGUCAAGGGACAAUACUCUUUGGUCGAACCAGACGGUUCCGUACGUACCGUUGACUACACCGCUGAUGACCACCAUGGUUUCAACGCAGUCGUUUCCAAGACCGGCCCAACUGUUCACGCUCAUGCCGUCCAUGCUGCUCCAGUAGUACAUGCCGUCCAUGCUGCCCCAGCUCAUGUUGUGCACGCUGCCCCAGCCCAUGUUGUGCAUGCUGCUCCAGCUCAUGUUGUGCACGCUGCCCCAGCUCAUGUUGUGCACGCUGCCCCAGCUCAUGUUGUGCAUGCUGCCCCAGCACACUACAGUGCCGUUUCGCAUCAAUCCAUCUCCGCACCAUCGCAUUAUGCUUCAUACGCUCCAGCUGCCCAUUACGGUUAUGCCCAUGGUGGAUGGUAAUUUGGAAAUUUUCGAACGACAACGGAAUUGUGAUACUCACCAACUUUAUGCAUAAUAAUUUUAUUCACCCGCAUCAAAGCUGCCAUUUGCAUUUACGGUUUUAUCAUAAAUAUGUCCCUUUCACACCAUUUGUUAUGUGUUUCUUGUUCUUAAUUCUAUAUUGUGACUAACGGAAAUGCGGCUGUUAAUAUUGCAGCUGUACAACCACCAGACGAGUUCCAAUCCCUUUUCCAUUUACUUUAAUUUAUAAAACACUUUCACUUUGUCUAGAACAUCUCUCUUUUGCCUUUGGUAAAUCACAGCUUUACUACGAUAGUUCGGCAUUUUCAAUUAAUUGCUCAAUUUUACAAUUACUUUUCUGAAUAGUGCCGGUGUCAAAUUUUCAUUAUUUAUAAUUGAAGCGUAAAUGUAAAUUUAAAAAAAAAAUGUUUUGUAAAUUAUAUUUUAUUAAUAGGAAUUUCAUCUGAUAAAGAGAAUCAAAAUAAAUGAAUUUUUUAUGAGCUGUACUCAUAUGAACUCGAAAAA